GACGGGGGUUUGGGGCGGGGUAGGCACGACGGGGGUCUCGUCGUCGGAUUCACGAUGGCAGGCUCCCCAUCGUGGGCACGAUGGCGCCGUCGAGGUCACGACGAUGGCCCACGAUGGCGUCCAUCGUGGUCACGACGGGAGCCUCCCAUCGUGAUCUCGACAGUCCGCCUACCCCGCUUCGUUUUUUUUUUUUUUUUUAUUGUUGUAUUAUUUGUUUCAAAUACAUGAUUAUCUUUCUAAUUUGUUUUUAAUACAUUGAUUUUGUAGAUUAAUUGUGAUUGGAAAAGGCCUACAUUGAUCUACGUGACCCGUGGAGUUAAUCUUUAUAUGAGGACCGAUAUAUUGAAGGAGGUCAAGAAUGUUUUACUUGAUAAAGGCGGUCCGUUGGCUCUAGAGAGAUUUAAAGAAGGCGUAGUAGGACGGUUGAUUGAUAUCAAGAGAAACCAUAGUGCAAGUAAUGCUCUACAUCACUUGCUAGCUCGUCAAUUGAAAGGUAGCGAUAUACCAUGUGACGAGUCUUGGUUUCAAGUUGGUGGACAGACCAUUCGAUUUAGGCCGACGGAGUAUGCCCUUGUCACGGGACUUCACUUUGGCAACAGUGAUUUUGAUCCAUAUGCAAAACACAAGCCUCCACGGAAUGGUAUAUUCAAUCGAUUCUUCAAUGGUGUAUCCACGAAGGUGCAUGUGUUGCGCAAGAGAUUCAAUGAGAAGAGCCUUGGCAAGGAUGUGGAAGACUAUUUGAAGGCUGCCAAUCUUUUGGUGUACUAUCUAUUCCUCCUAUGUCGGGAUAAUCCAGUGAUCGAGGAUUGGGCAUGGACAUUAGUUGAGGAUUUUGAGCGUUGGGAUGCCUUUCCAUGGGGCUCAUACACGUAUGGCGCAUUGUCUUACUACAUAGACACUGUUGGGAUUGCCCCGGACCAAGCUGAAAAAGAUUACCACUUUUAUGGUCCGGUUUGGGCCUUACAAAUUUGGUCGUACGAGGCCGUUCCAGAUUUGGGAAGCCAAUGUGGCUUUCGAGAGCGCGAGGAGAUAUUGCCUCGUUGUUUGAGAUGGAGCACUCGACAGAUGAGGAAGAUUGAUUUUGCAACUUUUUUAGAGAAGCGGCGGCCGGUAUAUCCUGUGUUGGAAGCUACAUCUAGUGAGUUAGAUGAGUACUAUAUGAUGAGCUUCGACAAUGGGGAUAUGUUUGAUGUUCGUUUCGAGGCUCCUGUACGCGUUGCCUCAAGAUAUGAGACAACAUUGAAGGCGCCUGUACAGAAAGCACGACGCGGGACGAAGCGCCCCCGACAGAGCACUCCACUUCUCACUCCAACAGAGGGGGGAGAGAGAGCUAGAGUGUGUUGUGUGCACGGACGGCCUUGCCCAGACAACGAAGGGGGCACUGACAGGGGGCAUGAUAUCGAGGACAGAUUGAGGGCAGUUAUCGAUGAUAGAUUGAGGGCAGUUUUGACUGAUGAUUCUGAUACAGGCUUUCUUGCUGUAUUGAGAGCAGUUAUCGAUGACAGAUUGAGGGCAGUUUCCGGCCGGAGGCGUUCUAGGAGUCCUCCACUCUUCCGGGAAGAGGAUGUUAUCUCCCACCACUCUCAGAGUCGCUCCCGCCAGCCACAGCCUCAGCAUGUCGCUGCCGAUGAGGCCUUUUCUUUGCAGCCUCAGCACGUCCCCACCGAGGUCGGUACUUCUUUGCAGCCUCAGCAUGCCCCCACCGAGGAGGCUAUUGUUUUUCAGCCUCAGGACAUACCCAUCGAGGAGGUUACUGCUUUUCAGCCUCAGCACAUACCCACCGAGACCAGUGCUUCUUGGGAGCCUCAGCACGUCCCCAACGAGGCCGGUACUCCUUUGCAGCCCCAGCAUGCCCCCGCCGAUGAGGCUAUUGUUUUUCAGCCUCAGGACAUACCCAUCGAGGAGGUUACUGCUUUUCAGCCUCAGCACAUACCCACCGAGACCAGUGCUUCUUGGGAGCCUCAGCACGUCCCCAACGAGGCCGGUACUCCUUUGCAGCCCCAGCAUGCCCCCGCCGAUGAGGCUACUGCUUUGCAACAGUUUACCAACCUCUUCAAGUCUGUGGUACCUGUGUCGCACUCUCCUAUCAAGGGAGCCUCUUACCAGACCUAUAUCCCAUAUGAUAAGGUUUGUACCUUACAUUCUCCUGACAAGGCCAAGAAAGCGUCUAAGCCACAUGAUAAGGUACAAACAUCUGAGCCUAGUGUUGAUUUGGAUGAUCUCGAGGAGUUUGGGGAGGAUGAGGAUGAGGACACGGGCGAUAAGAGUUUGGGGCCUCGAGAGCGUAGACCGUCUGCUGCUAUUCGGACUCCUUUUAAGGGUCAAAGUCCGUCUACUGCUGAGGUAUUGAGGACUCAGUACAGAAAAUUCAGAAUUAGUGGACCUAAUUCCAUUGCAGUUGUGACUGCGACAGAAGCUCCUUUAAAUCAAGAGUUCUUCGAUGAUCUUGAGAAUACUGACAUGGACUUCACCCAAGAUGUAAGUUUUAAUUCAUAA